AUGGCCAUCGCUCUGGGCUGGCUCUUCCUGAUCUCCCUGGCCGGUGGAUCCCUGGCACAGUGGCCUCCUCAGCUGGUGGCUCCAACUGUUGGCCUGCUACCCCAGCCUCCACUUCCGGCUGCCACCUUGGCUCCACCGCCUACUUUAUCCCAGGACCUGGAUGAAAUCCAGAGGUUGAUCCAAUUCAAACCAUUAAACCAGCUACUAUUGCGCUACCUAAUCAACGAUGCCCAGUUCCAAUCCUUUGUGCGAAUUAUCAACAGCAAUGCCGGAUUCACGGCCCGCUGGCGUUUUCUUUCCCAGCCGGAACUCAUCCUCUUCCUGCAGUGGGUGGACCAGCAGCUUCUGGCCUCGGGCGGCUCCUUUGAGCUGGAGGAGCAGAGGCUGAAAGUGAGUCUGCUGAAUCAAUUCCCCUACUGGUCCGGAACGGUCUUCGGUUGGCCAGGGUUCCUCAACGAGGUGCAGCUCUACCUUCCACUGUAUGCCAUACGUGCGCACAUCGAUGCCAAGGUUCUGCAGCAGGGAAUUUUUGCACAGUUCUGGUUAAGACUACAGGGAUUGAGAGUCGUCUAUGAUCGAUGGUUGACUUCGAUGGAAACUGCCCAGGUUUUGGCCGAUCUUCAGAAAGCGGGAAUCGAUACGGUCCAGUUGGAUGGCAUUAUCCGGGAGCUGUUCGGUUGGAAUGCCGUAAAUGAAACCUCCACAGCUGCUCCUGUAACCCCAGUUGCCCCCACCGUAAUCCCGGGAGCAGUUUUGCCUCCAGUUAACUCUGUACCUGUGGUUGUCUAGGUUGCCAAUAUGCAGGGAUGGAAAAGUUAUCCAUUCUUAGGUAGGAUUGAAAAAAUGUACCUACUAGGUAAUAUAAAGGGUGUGAAUACCCGAAGAAUGCUAAAA